CGGUCCGGAGGGCGGGGCUCCCUCCGUGGAGCGCAGUGCGAGUCCCAACACCGAGCAUUCCCGUGGGCCUGCAGGUGGCAGAAGGGUCCCGGGCCCAGAGCCAGCGGGGCCCGGUGGAGACGGCGUACGUGCCCUGCGUGAGUGCGCGGCGGCGGCGCGUGCGCGAGGGGAGUGGGCGGUGAGGCCGGGUCCACGUGCGUCCCUCCCCGGGACCCCAGCAGCUUAGCGCCUUGCGGCUACGUGAACCGAGGCACCCGGAUGUCCGCGCCCCUCUCCGAGUGACCAGUCCUCUGGUCCCGCAGGGCUCGCAGCCUCAGCCAGCGUCUACGCAUUGCCAUGGUGACUGUAGGCAACUACUGCGAGGCCGAAGGGCCCGUGGGUCCGGCCUGGACACAAGAUGGGCUGAGUCCCUGCUUCUUCUUCACGCUCAUGCCCUCGAUGUUGAUGGCCCUGGGGGCUCUGGCCUUGGUGCUGGCUUUUCCCUGCAGACGCCGGGAGCGGCCCGCUGUUUCUGACUCCGUGUCUUGGGGGGCCGGCCCUCGCGUCUUUCCCUACGUGCUGCAGCUGCUUCUGGCCACACUAAAGGUGGCGCUGCCCCUGGCCGGCCUGGCUGGCAGGGUGGGCACUGCCCAGGGGGCCCCACUGCCAAGCUACCUACUGCUGGCCUCCGUGCUGGAAAGUCUGGCAGGCGCCUGUGGCCUGUGGCUGCUCGUGGUGGAGAGGAGCCAGGCACGGCAGCGUCUAGCAAUGGGCAUCUGGAUCAAGUUCAGGCACAGCCCGGGUCUUCUGCUCCUCUGGACUGUGGCGUUUGCAGCCGAGAACUUGGCCCUGGUGUCUUGGAACAGCCCGCAGUGGUGGUGGGCAAGGGCGGACUUGGGCCAGCAGGUUCAGUUUAGCCUGUGGGUGCUUCGGUAUGUGGUUUCUGGAGGGCUGUUUGUCCUGGGUCUCUGGGCCCCUGGGCUUCGUCCUCAGUCCUAUACACUGCAGGUUCAUGAAGACGACCAAGAUGUAGAAAGGAACCAGGUUCGGUCAACAGCCCAACAAUCUACCUGGCGAGAUUUUGGCAGGAAGCUCCGCCUCCUGAGUGGCUACCUGUGGCCUCGGGGGAGUCCUGCUCUGCAGCUUGUGGUGCUCAUCUGCCUGGGGCUCAUGGGCUUGGAACGGGCACUCAACGUAUUGGUGCCUAUAUUCUAUAGGAACAUUGUGAACUUGCUGACUGAGAAGGCACCUUGGAGCUCUCUGGCCUGGACUGUUACCAGCUAUGUCUUCCUCAAGUUCCUCCAGGGGGGUGGUACUGGCAGUACAGGCUUUGUAAGCAACCUGCGCACGUUCCUGUGGAUCCGGGUGCAGCAGUUCACGUCUCAGCAAGUGGAGCUACGCAUCUUCUCCCACCUGCACGAGCUCUCACUGCGCUGGCACCUGGGGCGCCGCACCGGGGAGGUGCUGCGGAUCGCUGAUCGGGGCACAUCCAGUGUCACAGGGCUGCUCAGCUACCUGGUGUUUAAUAUCAUUCCCACGCUGGCUGACAUCAUCAUUGGCAUCAUCUACUUCAGCAUGUUCUUCAAUGCCUGGUUUGGCCUCAUUGUGUUCCUGUGCAUGAGUCUUUACCUCGCCCUGACCAUUGUGGUCACUGAGUGGAGAACCAAGUUUCGCCGCGCUAUGAAUGCACAGGAGAACGCUGCCCGGGCACGAGCAGUGGACUCUCUGCUAAACUUUGAGACGGUGAAGUAUUACAACGCUGAGGGUUACGAAGUAGAACGCUAUCGAGAGGCCAUCAUCAAAUUUCAGGGUUUGGAGUGGAAGUCAAGCGCUUCACUGGUUUUGCUAAAUCAGACCCAGAACCUGGUGAUUGGGCUUGGGCUCCUUGCUGGCUCCCUGCUUUGCGCAUACUUUGUCAGUGAGCAGAAGCUACAGGUCGGGGACUUUGUGCUCUUUGGCACCUACAUUAUCCAGCUGUACAUGCCCCUCAAUUGGUUUGGCACCUACUACAGGAUGAUCCAGACCAACUUCAUCGACAUGGAGAACAUGUUUGACUUGCUGAAAGAGGAGAGAGAAGUGAAGGACCUUCCUGGAGCAGGGCCCCUUCGCUUUCAGAAGGGCCGGAUUGAGUUUGAGAAUGUGCACUUCAGCUACGCUGAUGGGCGGGAGACUCUGCAGGACGUGUCCUUCACUGUGAUGCCUGGACAGACACUGGCCCUGGUGGGCCCAUCUGGGGCAGGGAAAAGCACAAUUUUGCGCCUCCUGUUUCGCUUCUAUGACAUCAGCUCUGGCUGCAUCCGGAUAGAUGGGCAGGACAUUUCACAGGUAACCCAGGUCUCUCUCCGGUCUCAUGUUGGAGUUGUGCCUCAAGACACUGUCCUCUUCAACGACACCAUCGCCAACAAUAUCCGUUAUGGCCGUGUCACAGCUGGGGACGAUGAGGUGGAGGCUGCUGCUCAGGCUGCAGGCAUCCAUGAUGCCAUUAUGGCCUUCCCUGAAGGGUACAGGACACAGGUGGGUGAGCGGGGACUGAAGCUGAGUGGUGGGGAGAAGCAGCGCGUCGCCAUCGCCCGCACCAUCCUCAAGGCUCCGGACAUCAUUCUGCUGGAUGAGGCAACGUCAGCGCUGGAUACAUCUAAUGAGAGGGCCAUCCAGGCUUCUCUGGCCAAAGUCUGUGCCAACCGCACCACCAUCGUAGUGGCACACAGGCUCUCAACUGUGGUCAAUGCUGACCAGAUCCUCGUCAUCAAGGACGGCUGCAUCGUGGAGAGGGGACGGCAUGAGGCUCUGUUGUCCCGAGGUGGGGUGUAUGCUGACAUGUGGCAGCUGCAGCAGCAGGGAAAAGAAGAAGCCUCUGAAGACACUAAGCCUCAGACCAUGGAAUGGUGACAAAAGUUUGGCCACAUCCUUCUCAAAGACUAACCCAGAAGGGAAUAAGAUGUAUCCCCUUUCCCUGGCUUAUUUCAUCCUGGUGUUGGGGUAUGGUGCUAGCUAUAGUAAAGGGAAAGGGACCUUUCAGAAAAGCACUUUUUGGAGAAAUAAAAUGUGGACUGUG